AUAAAAUUUAAUCUGUCAACUGUCAAAUUGCAGUCUCAUGUCAAAAUCAUCUAAAAUUUAAGCAUUUGUAAUUCACCCUCAACCUUCAGAGUUAUGGCUUUAUAUAAACAGUUUCAGAGAUACAUUUUACACACCAAAAACCCGUUAUGGAGUCCCCAAAGCCCCUUUCCGAAGACUUUUGCGAACAAAUCGGGCAAGAAGGUAACAAAUUUGCCCCCAAUGGACAAACCUGUGGAAAAUCUCCCGACCCCCAUUUACGCUUCGUUGCAAAAAGAGCACCAGAAUACACAAGUGACGACGUUAUCAAAUGGGCUCAGGGUGGCUUCAGAGAACCGAUUUGGGGAGUUUUGCACAGUGGGGGUUAUCAUUGACUCAGGUUCAAGGUAUGAAGUGGCGUACCCGAGCGGAAUAUCACAUUUUCUAGAAAAGCUAGCCUUUAAUUCAACUUUGUAUUAUCCUGACAAGGACGAAAUGUUCAACAAACUCGAGAAACACGGCGGGAUUUGCGACAGUCAAGCGUCACGUGACACGAUGAUAUACGCCGCAUCGGCGUACACAAAGGGCUUAAAUGACGUCAUUCAACUCCUAGCCGAGGCAGCCUUAAGGCCGCAGAUCACUCCCGAUGAAGUAGAUGACGCUCGACAAGCAAUUAAUUUUGAACUGGAAACGUUGAAUAUGAGACCAGAGCAGGAAACACUGCUUAUGGAUAUGAUACAUGCGGCCGCCUACAGAGACAAUACUUUGGGUCUUCCUAAACUGUGCCCCAAGAAAAACAUUAAUAAAAUCGACAGGGAACUACUUUUCACCUAUUUAAGUCAGCAUUACACCCCUGAGAGAAUGGUAGUGGCGGGAGUUGGGGUGGACCAUAAUAAAUUGUGUGAAGCUGUACAGAAACAUUUUGUUGAUAAAAAACCCAUAUGGGAGUCUGAUAGGACGUUAUUUACGCCGCAUAAAAAUCUAGGGGUUGAUGAUAGUAUAGCGCAAUAUACGGGAGGAAUAGUUCAGGAAGAAUGCGAUAUUCCCCAAUUCGCGUCGGCCGGCUUGCCCGUCCUCUCUCACAUAAUGGUCGGUCUCGAGGGCUGCUCGCACCAAGACCCCGACUUCAUCGCCAUCUGCGUCCUUAACAUGAUGCUAGGGGGCGGUGGGUCGUUCAGCGCCGGUGGUCCCGGCAAAGGCAUGUACACCCGCCUCUACACCAACGUAUUAAACAGGUACCACUGGAUGUACAGCGCCACCGCUUACAACCACGCGUAUGCCGACAGCGGCCUUUUAUGCAUCCAUGCGAGUGCACCACCAAACCACGUCAAAGAAAUGGUCGAAGUUAUCGUCAAAGAGAUGGUCAACAUGGCGGGGUCGGUCAACGGACAAGAAUUGAGGAGAGCAAAGACGCAACUGCAGUCCAUGCUGUUGAUGAAUUUGGAGUCCCGACCGGUGAUAUUCGAGGAUAUUGGGCGGCAGGUGUUGGCGACGGGACAUAGGAAACGGCCGCAACAUUUCAUUACUGAGAUAGAAAAAAUCACUCGGGAUGAUAUUGUGUCUGUUGCUAAAAGACUGUUAAGUUCACAACCUUCCGUUGCUGCUCGAGGAGACCUACGCCGAAUGCCCGCCCUGGAAUUCAUCCAAGCUGGUCUCGUCAGUGACGGUAAAAUACCAAGUGGACGAAAAUUAUCAUUAUUUCGUUAAGUACUUUCAUAAAUUGUCUCGUGUAAAUAUUUUUCGUUAAUUAAGAUGGUUAAAACAAUAGACUGUUUUAUUUUAAUUGUUUUAUUUAAAAAUAACUCAUGUUUAGUGUAGCCUAAAUGCAACAAAACAAACACACAAAUGUUUUACGAUUGCUUGUUAUUUACAAAAUUGUACGUAUAUUGUAUAAGACAAACUUUUUAAAUUAUAUAUUUAGUCAUCAGUUAAAAACUUCUUUUGACAAACUCUGCGACACUCGAAAAUGUCAAAAUUUCAUCUUUUAUUUUCUUCAAUUUUGUAAUAUAUUCGUGAUGGACCUUA